AUGGCUCCAUUUCCACUUAUUAAAUUGGCGAUUGUCUUUUUCAAACAGAUUAGUAAACCACUUGCUAAUCAGAUAAAAGUACGCGCGAAAAAUAGUGAAUUUUUCAAAAAAUAUGUCUGCAUGCCUCCCGCUCAAUUCUAUCAUUGGUAUGAUGUUAAUCUUCGGAUGAGGAUGUUAGGCAUCGAAACGAAAAAAGUCGCAAAAAUGAAUGAAGAAGCUGCAGUUACCCUCGGUGCUGAUAUUUUGGGUGAAGCGGUAAUUUUGAGUGUUGCUGUUGCUGGCUUGGCUCUUGAAUACGCUCGACGAUCGAAAAAUGACACUGACAAAGAAACACGUCAACAAGAACGACUAGCUAACAUGGAACGACAGUUAUCUGAACUAGAAGUCACACUUGCGAAUCAAACGGCAGAAAUGCGACAACUUGAGCGUCUUAUCCAACAUGAAGUAUCUCCACCAACGAAGCCAACGAAAUCCUCUCCAUUAAAACCAUCAUCAACACCAUCAACAGAAAAAAAGCCUACUGCACAAGCCUAUUCGAUAGUUGAUACAACCUCAUUUCAAUCGCCAUUAAUUCAAUUACAUACAACUGAUUAUAUAUAUUUUCCAGUAGCAUACGUUAUGCAAGAAACCAAUGAUUAUAUUGUUUCGCCAUUAAAACAAUGGUCCUCAUCGUUGAGAAUAACAAAACACUAA